GAUUACUAAUCUAUGACGUCAUCAGAGACAGUCGUUUUCAAGAUGGCGGCGCUCAUUCAGAACAUGCGACCGUACCUGGUCGUUGGCAAGUCGUGCAGUUUCAGCUGGCCGCCCAAUGUCCUAGCACGCGCAUGCAUGACAAGUGUUCAAGCUAAACCUCCAGCGGAAACAGAACAAGAGAAGAAGCCACUGUACCCACCCGUUGUACCAUCACUUACGUCAAACUCAGAAGAUGCCAAAAAGUACAAGCAAGAGCUGAUUCGGCAAAAAAUUGCCUCACUCUCAUCACCGAAAGACAAGAUCACCGCGCUGCUUCAACCAAGUCGUAAAGCUUACAUGCUGUAUGCCUUGGGACGGCGUUACAACAUCCAUGUCUACCAACAAUGGGUAACGAAGACAACAGUGGUGAAGCAGCUGCCAGAGUCCAUUACAGAUGUACCAUUGGACGACAGAUUUGAGCAGGUCAAGUCACAGGUAAUGGACCUUAUACUACAAGAAAGGCAAUACAUGAAGAGGAAUGAUAAGAAGUGGAGGGAGCCAUACCGCUUUGGUGUCGUGUUUACAAAGGAGCUGGUGCGUCUCCUAACCACUGCUGUGACUGGUGGAAUGCCUCAUCUUGCCACAGCUAACGUAAUCCAUGAUGCCAAGGUGGAGUACUGCUGGCCACUUGCCGAGUACUGGUGUCAGCUGCUAGACCAACCCGACAUCCAGAUCCUCACACACCAUCCAUUACCACAGUAUUGCCCAAUGGACAGUGCUGUGUGUAUUGAUGGUGAAGUUCCUGUCUAUGAGUGGUCUCCUCGUCAUCUUGCCAUUUUUGAGAGGACCAGAAAGCGCACUAUAUUUCCAGGCUUCAAGAUUGAGUCCCCCUUGCAUUGUGGACACACUCAGUUUCGUGUGAUCACCAAGGAAAUCAGCCGUGAGAAGUUUAAUCAGGACCUGCGGAGGGACAAGACUGGAGACCAGC